UCUCUAGCGCAGCUGACUGAUCGUCGCCAUCUUCGGCAUCAAACGUAAACAUUGGAGCUGUUCAGCUGAAUAUCUGCGGAAACACAGCGCUGCCGGAGAAACCCGCAGCGGGAACAGGAGGACAGCAGCCGGCCUCUAUCAGAGAGCCUCUCCGCGCUGAAUGCUGGAGCUCACCUCAGGCUCGGAGGGGGUUUUUCGGCUGACGGUCCCAGAAUGAGCCCUCAGUGCGGCUGAUAACCCGCACCGACAGGGAUGGGCGCGCUCUGGGGAUCUGCGUGUGCAGACUGAGCCAGAGGCAGAGCCAGAGCGGUGGCUUCAGGAGGAGAUGGACCAGGACUAUGAGAGACGCCUCCUGCGGCAGAUCAAUCACCAGAAUGUACCGGAGGGUCAACUGACCAAGUCCGGAUAUGCUCCGGUCAGUGUUAAAUCAGGGGACAGGUUCAUACCCACUCGCGCAGGAAGCAACUGGAGCAUCAACUUCCAUUAUGCUAAUGAAAACUGCUGGUCGCCCAACCAGAAUCAAAGAUCGAAAGAUGCAAGUGCAGACACUGGAAAGGAUGCAGUGGCCUACGCUGCGCUGCUGCGUAACGAGCUGCUGGGGGCGGGGAUCGAGACCGUCCCUGACCCUCACACAGACGACCGACGGCAGGCCAUCCUCAGCCAGGACACACACAGCCUCUUCAGGUACACCAUCCACACAAAGCGAGUGCCUUUGGACAGCGGCAAUGAAAUCUCCCCAUAUUCCCUCUCUCCUCUCAGCAACAAGAGUCACAAGCUGUUGCGCUCGCCACGAAAGCCUGCAAGAAAAAUCUCCAAAAUCCCCUUCAAGGUCCUGGAUGCUCCAGAGCUGCAGGACGACUUCUACCUUAACCUGGUGGACUGGUCUGCUGGAAACCUCCUGAGCGUGGGUCUAGGGGCCUGUGUUUACCUGUGGAGCGCCUGUACCAGCCAGGUGACGAGGUUAUGCGAUUUGUCAGUAGAUGGAGACUCUGUGACGUCCGUCUGCUGGAACGAACGGGGAAGCUUGGUUGCAGUUGGAACCCAUAAAGGCUUUGUGCAGAUUUGGGACGCAGCCGGAGGGAGGAAGCUGACCAGCCUGGAAGGGCACUCAGCCCGUGUCGGGGCGCUGGCGUGGAACGGAGAGCAGCUGUCCUCGGGCAGUCGGGACAGGGUGAUCCUGCAGCGGGACGUGCGUACCCCUCCACCUAUGGAGAGGAAGCUGCAGGGCCACCGGCAGGAAGUGUGUGGACUAAAGUGGUCCCCAGACCACCAGCAUCUCGCCUCUGGAGGAAAUGACAACAAGCUGCUGGUGUGGAACAGUUCCAGUCUGCAGCCUGUGCAGCAGUACAGUGAGCAUCUAGCGGCAGUAAAAGCCAUCGCCUGGUCGCCUCAUCAGCACGGCCUGCUGGCGUCCGGUGGAGGAACCGCCGACCGCUGCCUGCGCUUCUGGAACACUCUGACCGGACAGGCCCUGCAGAGUACAGACACCGGCUCACAGGUCUGCAACCUGGCCUGGUCCAAACACGCCAAUGAACUGGUCAGCACACACGGUUACUCACAGAAUCAGAUCCUGGUGUGGAAGUAUCCUUCACUUACACAGGUGGCCAAGCUGACCGGACACUCUUACCGGGUUCUCUACCUGGCUGUGUCUCCAGAUGGUGAGGCCAUCGUGACGGGAGCAGGAGACGAAACGUUGAGGUUCUGGAACGUCUUCAGCAAAACACGAUGCACCAAGGAAUCCAAGUCAGUGUUGAACUUGUUCACCAGGAUACGGUAAUGAAGGUGGACGCUGGAGCCCAGGGCACUGUCCCUUCAGCACAUCGAACAAAACGUCCAGAACCCUCUACAGAGACAGAACCCAACUUUACUCCCUCUUUAUCUCUUUUUCUUUUCUACCAGGGGUGAUUCUGUCUCUCCCCACACUUCCUAAAGCAAUGUCUUUCAUUAAAGCCACACCCCUCGAGGGGGUCCCUGUUUACGUUACACUCCUGUCUUUAAUAUUACUGUAAAACAUGGAAGACCAAAAGGACGCGGUGUUCUGUGAGAUGGGUAGAGAGAGAUGGUUUAAGCUAUAUGCCUGUUGUAACGGUUCUCACUCAUAAGGCUGUUAUGUUACACUAUUUUCAGUAUUUUCUAUGUGCAGAGAUCAUGUUAUGGGACAGAUAUCCCUAUAAAAUAAACACUACUGCAGGAUCCCUGCGAGUAGUUUAUGAGA